AUUGAUGGUCAAGAACCACCGAGAAUGAAGAAUAAUAUAAGUUUUAGAGAGAGAGAAAGAGCAAAGUAGGAGUUUAUUCGUUUCUAACUUGGAUCCAUUACAAUGAGGGGUCUCACCCCUUUUAUAGGGGAUACAAUACACAUAGUCAAAGUUUCUCUGAUCGAGGUUCGUCGCCUAGCGGACGUCAUCCCUGUUAUGCAUUGUCCCUUUCAUCCCGUCGCUGUCGCGCAGUCAACGUGGCCGGUCGCUAUCCGGCAGUCGCUAUCACGGUCCCCAGCCGAGCUCGCUACCCGAGCCGAGCCCAUAGGGCGAGCCGAGUUCAUGGGCCGAGCAGAGAAGAUCCUCCACGUGGCUGAUGGGUCCCGGAUGACGUGUCUUUUGGGGCCGUCCUCCAUCAUAAGCCCCCCACUCUUCGGGUUUCGUUGCAGUCAGCGAUGGGACACAGGAGAGUAUGGGCACUUCUUUCGUCGGUCCGCGUUCGAACGCGGCGACGAGGGUUCCGUCACAGGCUCUGCCCAAGAAAGCGACUCCCGCUCGGCCUCCGUUGAGGAGAUAGUCGAGGCGGUUGAGAUCCCUCUUCAGUCCGAGCCUCGCAACCUGAGGCGCACUGCCCUGGAGGACUCGGGGAUCCGAGCGCGGAAGUGCACCAUCACGGCUGAGGAAUUCCGCAAGGCGAAGCGCCUGGCCUCGGCGCCAGGUGUGACCGUGCGUCGUCCCACCCCCGAGCAGUCAGUCUUUGAUGCUCUUUCGGGUUUCUUCGUUGUCCACCUCAAAUCCCUCGAGGUUCGCCCCAAUCUGGCUCGCUUCCUGUUGCUCUUCCGGUUGGCGAAGUCAUCUGGUCGGGCCAACUCCGACUCGGGUUCGUAUGCCUCUAUCUUCCAGAGGCAGGAGAGGCUUUUCAAGACGAGGAAGGACUCCGCCAAGAGUUGGAAGGGUAAGUUCAUCUUCAUUUCUCUCUCCUCGGACUCCCCUUUUCGUAAAGAACCCCUCAGUUCCUUUCGGCGCCGCUCCGCGUGUGUCACCUCGAACAAGAUGCUCGAAGACAUAGAGACGCUCUGCCAAGGGGGGCCCUUCGAAGUCGGCUCGGUGGUGACGAAUGAGGCGCUAGCGGAACUCGGCUUCGUCUUCCUAUCCCCGGAGGAUACCCAGAGGAGCAUCGAAGAAGGCCCCUCAGGUGAAAUCAUGCUUUCCAGUGCCGAGCGGAUGAAGCUCAUGUUCCCGGAUGCUCCAAGCGGCAACUCCCAGGCUCCUCCCUCGGGCGGCCGUCCCCCAACUCCCCCCGUGAAGCCGACACCCGAGACGACACUGAAGAAGAAGAGGAAGGAAACGGCCUCGGCCGCCGACGCUUUGCAGGGGUCGGAGUCCCCCAUGAUGAAGGACUUCGGCCAUCCCAAAUAUGUCAAGGCGGCCUUCCCCGCUCGGGUCUCCUUCCUAGACCGGGAUUACAACCCGGAGACCUUCCUGCGCAGCUUUACUCCUCCAACCGAUCGUGCCAAGAUAAAAGAUAUCGACCGGGAGACUCUGGCCUCAGAUGCCUUCCAUGAGUUGGGCUCGGCGAUGAUGCGCAUGGCGGCCAAGGAACAAGCUCUCCAGGCCGAGGAGCGGGUUCAGCAACUCGCGGAGGAGGCUGCUCGCAAGGCGCGCCAGGAGGCUCGCGAUCAAGCCGUUGCCGAGUUCCUAGCAUCGGAUGCAUUUCAGGAGGAAGCCUUCACUCGCAUGAAUGAUUUGCUCAAGGCGUGGGGGCAGACUCCUGAGGGUAAGGCAUUCGCUCGCUCCGAAGGAACGUCGUGGUACAACCUCGGUCUGUUCCGAGCGCAGCAAGUCCUCUCGGAUAGGCCGAGCUUGACCCCGCCGCCCUCUCUACGGGACUCUUGGGACUCGGACUCUGAGUUCGAGUCGGUGCACCCCGAUCCUUCUGCCAAGAUCCCGGGGUUCAUCUACUAUUCGUCGGAGGAGGACGAGAGGACACCUUCUCCGUCGGCUCCGCCGGUCCGUCGUGAGGUCGUCGCCCCCCCGGUUCCUGUCGCCCGCGGUGGUCGAGGUCGCCGCCCUCCAGCUCCUCCCGCAGCGAUUCCAAGCGAGAGCUCCGUGGCAUCCCACCAUCCGAGCCGUUGCUCUCCUCAAGACCCAGGCUCGCCCAGCUAUGACGAGUCCAUCGGGCACUCCGUCACCAGUCGGGCUCCUUCACCUUCUCAGCCCCCACCUUGUCUUUGCGAGCGGGGGUGGAAUUGUGGCAUGCACUGAAGUCUACCCGUACUUUAAUUGCAAGGUGUUUAAUUGUUGUAAGGCAUUUGUGCCAUGUAUUUGCCCGUUUUCCGGGAUGAAUAAAAUUUAGAUUUGAUU